GCAGCUACCCGUCGCCCCUAUCCAGACCAGAAAACAUCAAUUUCACCGAGUCUUCUGCUCUGGCCUUCCCCUUAUUCUUUUUCUUAAGUAUUGUCGAGUAUUCUCGACAUCCCCUCGUUAUGAAUUCCUCUCGUCUCGACCUCGCCCGUCAACGCCAGAGAUGUCUCCUAGUCUCCCUCAGUCUUACACUGCUCAUCAUAAUUUGGAGUACAUUGAUAUUUCCAUCUCAGACGACAAGAUCCAUUAAGCAUACAGCUCUUCCCUACGCCAAGUCACUUCUCAGCAAUGACAAAGCCCAUGAUGCUAUCUUGUCAACACAAGACCUAUCCCAUAUCGCUCGUCACGUCGGUACACCGACAUUCCAGUACGCUCAACGAAGGAUCAGAACAUACUAUUUAUCAGCAGAUAAAGAACGACCGACGUUGACCUACAUCGAUCAGCCUCUUCUACCAGAUUUUCAACUCCUCGCCAAAGACAAUUUGACACAGAUCGAGUGUUCAAAGAUGCCACCUUUGACGUUAAGCGUAGCCCUCUCUCCAGAAGUCGAUACCUCCAUUCUUUCCUUCGGUAUCUCAACCAAGCUCACCCGCCUCAAACUCGCACUUUCGCAACUUAAGCACUGGCUUCCCCAUUCAAACGCUCAACUCCACGUCUCAGUCCCACCAGAACCUUCACCCUCAUCCUCGCACACCUUUCAGGAAAUCGAAUCUGUCUACCGCACCGCAGCAAUAAACCUCACUCUCCACAUCGCCGACGCCCCAUUCGCAAAAUCCUACUUCAAUCUCAUCAAAACCCUCUACGAAGCACGCACCCCCUAUACACAAUGGCUCGUUCUCAUCGACGACGACACAUUCAUCCCUUCCCUCCCUUACCUCGUCCACCACCUCUCCACACAUUACAAUGCCGACAGCGAAAUCCUCAUCGCCGCCCUCUCCGACAGCCUCGCCCAGAUCCGCGAACACGGACCCCUCCCCUUCGGCGGCGGCGGAAUCUUCAUCUCCGUCCCGCUCGCUGCAUCACUCGUGCGCCCAGAGAUCUGGGAAGCUUGCCUCAAUAUCCCGAAUGACCAAGGUGAUCAAGCUGUCAACGAGUGUUUGAACGCUCACUCCUCCGUUCGGCCUACAUUCGAUUACGAGCUUAACCAAAUGGACAUCAAAGGAGAUGCAUCGGGAUAUUUCGAAAGUGGCAGACGCAUGCUGACAAUUCAUCACUGGAGGUCUUGGUACGAUGUUGAUGUCCCACUUGCUAGUAACGUGUCAAAAGCCUGUGGUUUCGAAUGCGUGUUUCAGCGAUGGGCGUUUGAGGAUGAUUUCGUGCUGAGUAAUGGCUUUUCAGUGGUGGAGUAUACCAAGGGUAUCAAAGAGGGUGGAGUAAGAUUGGAAGAGAUUGAGAAGACGUGGGAUGGGGAGGCGUGGAAUUUUGUGCAUCAUGGGGGGCCUUUGAGAGAGCCGAUGGAAAAGGGAGAUAAGAGCAGUGCGAGGUUGGUGGAGGCGAGUGUAGUUGAUGGAGUGGGUGUCAGGCAGAUUUAUGUCGAGCGUGUGAAUAGUGGGGAGAAUGUGGAGAGGGUCGUGGGAAAUGUUGAUCGUGUUGUGGAGUUGCUUUGGCUAUUUUGA